AUGGGGGCCCGCCCGCGCGAUACACCCGCCACAGAAGGCUCAUAUGGUUUCGUUUAUGGAGUGUCGGGACCUGUCGUUACAGCUGAAAAGAUGGCUGGAUCUGCAAUGUAUGAGCUUGUUCGGGUUGGCCAUUCCGAAUUGAUAGGCGAAAUCAUUCGUCUUGAGGGCGAUUAUGCGACGAUUCAAGUUUACGAAGAGACGUCAUCCGUCACUAUCGGUGAUCCUGUGCUUCGCACGGGCAAGCCGCUGUCUGUUGAGCUUGGUCCAGGAAUUAUGGGAUCAAUUUUUGAUGGAAUUCAACGCCCUCUGAAAGAAAUUGCUGAUAUGACGAAGUCGAUUUAUAUUCCGAAAGGAGUAUCAACAAGAGUUUUCACGCUGUCUCGUGAAAAUCGCUGGGAUUAUACUGUUGGCAAAGGAGUAACUGUAGGCUCCCAUGUAACUGGUGGUGACGUGAUAGGAUAUAUACAGGAGAAUUUACUUAUUAAGCAUAAGAUUAUGGUCCCACCGAAUUCAUGUGGUACUGUGACUUUUGUCGCGCCAUCUGGACAGUAUACCGUAGAAGAUGUGCUGCUUGAAUUGGAGUUUGGAGGGACCAAGGAGAGGCUUACUAUGCUUCAAAUUUGGCCCGUAAGGAAUCCCCGUCCUUGCGCUGAGAAGAUGGCCGCCAACUAUCCCCUUUUAUGUGGUCAAAGAGUGUUAGAUGCUCUUUUCCCAUGUGUGCAAGGAGGAACCACAGCCAUCCCCGGCGCGUUCGGUUGCGGGAAGACGGUAAUUUCCCAGUCUUUGUCCAAGUACUCCAACUCUGAUGCAAUCAUCUAUGUCGGAUGCGGAGAACGCGGCAACGAAAUGUCUGAGGUAUUGCGUGAUUUCCCUAAACUGACAAUGGAAGUAGAUGGAGUUACAACUUCGAUUAUGAAAAGAACUGCUCUCGUAGCAAAUACUUCAAAUAUGCCCGUAGCUGCUCGAGAAGCUUCUAUCUAUACAGGAAUUACCUUAGCCGAAUAUUUCCGCGAUAUGGGAUUGCAUGUAGCUAUGAUGGCUGACUCGACCUCUCGUUGGGCUGAAGCACUUCGUGAGAUUUCCGGACGUCUAGGAGAAAUGCCUGCUGACUCGGGUUACCCAGCUUACCUGGCUGCUCGACUGGCUUCCUUCUAU